AUGAUGUCCCUGGGUGUCACUAAAGGAGGGCCGAUCCCGCCCACGGACGAGGAUCGCCGCAGGAUCAUCCGGCAGAUGAAGGUCCGCACCACCCUGCGGGGCGACAAGAGCUGGAUCCAGCACCACAACUCCGACUCGGACGAGGAGAAGGGCAGCCCCCGGUCCUCUGCCCCCAAGCCCCAGUCUGGAUACCUCAUCAGGGGGGUGUUCACCAGGACCAUCGAUAAAAGCUCCUCCACGCCGGAUCCUUCAGCUGCCAGCCCAGCACAGAAAAGCACUGCCCUGAAGGGACAGAGCCGCUCCCCCUCCGGAUACAGGAUGACCACGGAGGACUACAAGAAACUAGCUCCGUACAACGUCCGGCAGAAAUCCGUGGAUGGGGAGGAGGAGGAUGUGCCUUUCUCUCCAGAUGAGCACAAGAAGAGGACCGAGGCUGCCAACAGCGUCCUGCGGCGCUCGGCCGGCCGCGAGCGCGCCUACGUCCUGUCCGCUGCCAAGAAGAGCAACGGCAGCCCAACCCAGGAAUUCCCACCCCUGUUUGCCAAGAGAAUCGAGAUAGAAGAGGAGGAAGGACAGCAGAGGAGGAGUCCGACUGUGCCGGGUUCAUCCAGGGUUGCUCCGGAGAGCAGCAGUGCUAAUGGGCUAAGAAAAACCAGCCCUGGGUCUUCCUGGGAUGAGCCAAAGGCAGCAGCAGCCUCUGUCCCCAAACCAGGCAGCAGGAGCCAAACAUCCCCAUCCCUGAGUGACACCCUGGGGACAAUCUCCACUUCUGCUGAAAUCAGGAAUGGUGAGGACAGGCAGGCCCUGAGUGGGAAAUUCUCCUUGGAAACGGUGUCCCAGGCUGGAGAUGGUGACAAAGCUCUGAAGGAAAAGCCUGAGAGGUUCCCAUGGGAUGAAGGGGCCCCCAAAGCCACCAGGGCUGCCACAAAUGGAAGUUUUGCUGAGCACACAGAAGCCAAGAAUGGGCUUUACCCACCAGAAUCAGCCUUGCAGCCUGAUGUCCCUUUUCAUCCCACUGAGAGAACCCCUGUGCACAUUGAGAACACAGAGUAUUCCUUUAAAAGCUCUGUCCUGGGCUAUGAGGAGAGGAGCAGCUCCACAAAUCCUGAGGGUCCAUCCCACCACCAGCCCUACUGGGAUGAGACAAGGUUUCUGGACUCGGUCAGCCUCACUGAGAGGGGCCAAGGAGCUCCUGGCCAUGAGAGCCCCCCAGAGCCCCCCAGGCUGAAGGAUGCCACUGAGCCCAGCAGGGCUGGCAGGUCAGAAUUCAGCUCUCAGGAGGGUGUUGGCAGUGCCCACGAGCCCCAGCCCCCCGUGCCCCUGUUCCAGGAGCGCCAAUCCUUCGGGGGCUCCGUGCCCAGCCACAGGAUCCCAGGCUAUGUGGACAGCCAGGCGUUCAGCACCAGGAGGCCCAGCCCAGAUCCCAAAGGGAAUGUUUAUGGGAGCAGCAGCCCCAGGAGCAGCUGGUAUGACAGUGCCAGGGGGCUCGGGGACUUCAGCCCCCCUGCAGGACGCCAUGACUCCUUUCCCAGAGAUCCCACCAUGUCCAUGCCCCAGAGAAGCCACAGGGUGCCGUUCUACAUGGACAGCUUAAACUCUAACAGCUCCAGGCUCCUCUCCAGCUCCAGUGAGAGGCUCUGCAGCUCCCACCACAGCUCUGGGUACCAGCCUGACUCCAGCUCUGCGGGGUCCAGCGAGCCCCUGUGCAGCUACUGCAGCCGGGAGAUCCGAGACUGCCCCAAGAUCAUCAUCGAGCACCUGAACAUCCACUGCCACGAGUACUGCUUCAGGUGUGGAAUUUGCCACAAAGCAAUGGGAGAUCUCCUGGAUAAAAUAUUCAUCCACCGGGACAUUGUGCACUGUGACAAGUGCUACGAGAAGCUCUUCUAGGGCCCUGCGGAGCUGGGAACGCCCGGGAAUUCCGCAGCUCUGACCGGCUGAGAUUGCACAGCUCCCGCUUCCCUCGAGCUCUCCUCCCUCUCGCUGCCCCGUGGCCGUGGAUGAGUUCAGCACCUGCUGGUUGAUGCUGUCACCUGCACCAGGCAGGAGUGAUGGGAACGAGAUAAGGCAGCCUCCUCCUCAGAGAUAAGGUUUUCCAGAGGUGCUGAGCCCCUCUCAGCCUGGCUUUAGCUGCAUGAAGAUCCCGAGUGCUCCCGGAAUCAGCUCCUCAGGUUUAUCCCAGCUAAUUGCCACGAUCUCUCCUGAUGAUAUUUGUAUUCCUUUCCCCUGUGCAGCCAGGCUGUGCGAGCUGGCACAGACACUGGGAGCCUUGAACACUAAAUGUGGAUUCUUGGGAGGGUUUGAAUUUAGUCCUUAGCAAAAGCCUAUUUCUGCAUCUUUCACCCCCAAAUUCAGCCUAGAAAUAGCUUCUGCCUGAUUUCCAUUUGCUUUCUCUGGGAUUCCAGGAGCACUUGCAAACCCUAUUCUAAUGGUGUGUCAGCUUUAAUUCCCCUUCCUGCCUCUUCCCUGAGGAUGCUGCAGCAGCACUUGUGGCUGCUGCCUGCUUGGGGAGAUAACAGUGUCCUUCCCUGGGCUCUGAGGGCAGGUGUCCUGUGCCACUGCAGGGCAUCUCCACUCCCUCUCCUGACAAAGAGCUCUGCUCAGCUGAAAUCCCACUUUCCCCCUCACCAGGGCUUUGCCCAGACCUCUCAUUGCUGUAGGUUAUUCACAGCCCAGAUGCUCAAUAACAACAUUGAACUUCCAGCAGAUGCUGCACUCAGUAAAAUCAGAAUUGUAUCAUUUUAGCCCUUAACUUAGAGCUGAGAGGUUGGGAAUGCUGAAUACUGAAACCUGAAGCUCAAGUGUCCUAAAAGUGUCCAGACUUAUUGUUUCCUCAAGACUUACUGUUUCCUCAUGGGAAACAUUAGGAAUCCUGGAACUACAGAACCCCAGAAUGCUUUGGGCUGGAAGGAGUUGAAGUUCAUCUAUUUUAAAGUUGAUGCCUGGGACACCUUGCACUGUCCCAGGUUGCCCCAAGCUCCGUCCAGCCUGGCCUUGGACGCUUCCAGGGCUCCAGGGGCAGCCACAGCUGCUCUGGGCAACCAGGGCUUCCCCAUCCUCACAGCCAAGAACUGCUGAAAACCAAACUUCCCCUAAAAUCCCGUGAUUACCUGGGGAAAAGGAACCCUGAUCCCCCAUGUGAAUUUUUGUUGGUUUGAGAGCAGCUGAGGGAGCUGGGAAAGGGGCUCAGCAUGAAGAAAAGGAGGUUAAGAAGGGACUUUCUGGCUCUGCACAACUCCUUGACAGGAGGGGUUUUUCCCCCUUAAAGACAUGUAUCACCUAAAGGGAACCUGCAGCUAUUAUAAAAAUGUUAUGCUUUAUAAUUUGUAUUGGUCUGAGCUUUGAAGAA